AUGGUGCAGACAAAGCGUGCCCGUUACCGACGACCAGGGGACGCGGGUGAGACUCGGAUGGAAAAUUCGGAGUUGCCUCCAAGGCAGGAAAUUUCCAAAGGAACAGAGUCACCUGAUGGGACAUCAGGAGGCCUGUAUGGGAUGGCUCCUGGGGGACCAGAAGCUGGAAAUGCCUGUGAAGAUGCUUUAAUAAAGCUAGAAGCACAACCCUCAGAGGAGGAAGGGAGCAGACUAGAAAGUGAUUUCUUGGAAAGAACAUGUGAGUAUAAAAACAAAUCUGUAAAAGAUGGAUGUGAUGAGUAUAAGGAUCUUAGGGAACAUAAGCAUCUGUCUUGUAGUCCUACAGAACAUCAGGCUCUGAAGGCACAGAAAUUAUAUCAAUGUGAUGAAUGUGGCAAAGCUUUCAAUUGGAGUUCACACCUCAUUGGCCAUCAGAGAAUCCACACUGGAGAGAAACCCUUUGUAUGUAACGAGUGCGGCAAGGCCUUCAGGCAGACGUCUCAGCUCAUGGUUCAUCUCAGAACCCACACGGGGGAAAAACCCUAUGAAUGCAGCAAGUGUGGGAAGACCUAUCGACACAGCUCCCAUCUCAUUCAACACCAGAGACUCCAUGAUGGGGAGAAACCGUAUAAAUGUAAUGAAUGUGGAAAAGCUUUCAACGAGAGUUACAAACUCUAUGACCACCAGAGAACCCAUACGGGGGAGAAGCCUUACGAAUGCAAUGAAUGUGGAGCAACCUUUACUCGGAAUAAAAAUCUUCUCCGACAUCAGGUACUUCACACUGGUAAGAAACCCUUCAAAUGUAACGAGUGUGGGAAAGCUUUCUGCUCUAAUAGAGAUCUUAUUGACCACCAGAGAAUUCACACUGGGGAGAAGCCUUAUGAGUGCAAUGAGUGUGACAAGGCCUUCACCAGGAAUAAAAGUCUGAUUCGACAUCAGCGACUCCACACUGGAGAAAAACCAUACAAAUGCAAGGAGUGUGGGAAAGGCUUUAAUCAGAACUCUCACCUUGCUGACCAUGAACGAAUUCACACUGGAGAAAAACCUUUUGCAUGUAAUGAGUGUGGUAAGGCAUUCAGCCUGAGUAAAUGUCUUAUUCGGCAUCAGAGACUUCACACAGGUAGAAAGUCCUAUAAAUGCAAUGAGUGUGGAAAAACUUUCAAUCAAAAUUCAUACCUCAUUAUACAUCAGAGAAUUCACACUGGGGAGAAACCUUUUGAAUGUAAUAAAUGUGGGAAGAUCUUCAGUCAUAAUUCUAGCCUUAUGGUACAUCAAAGAACCCAUACUGGGGAGAAACCCUAUAAAUGCGAUGAUUGUGGGAAAGCCUUUAGUGACAGCUCACAGCUCACUGUGCACCAGAGAGUUCACACUGGUGAGAAACCCUAUGAAUGUAUUGAGUGUGGAAAAGCCUUCAGUCAGCGUUCCACUUUUAAUCACCACCAGGGAACUCAUACUAGAAAGAAGCUCAGGUCUGGCUCAGUUUCAUAA